AGUGGAUCUUACCGGGACGUGAACGCAACAUGAUGGACUUCUAAUACACUUUACCCAACCAACGCUGCGCUUCUACUCAACCAAAGAAUUUAUCUCGACUUAGACUGUCCAACUUUGACGUCAGGAUGACUUUAUUCUGGCUUUUUAUUUUAAUAAGCGUUGAAAGCAGCCGUUCAGUGGUCUCAGGACACCGGGACGUGUACACAAACCACUGGGCAGUGCGGAUUACAGGUGGUCAGGAACAGGCUGAUAAAAUCGCAGCAAAAUAUGGAUACAUGAACUUGGGACAGAUAGGAAGUCUGGACGACCAUUACCAUUUCCGACACAGCCGAGUGGUUCGCAGAGCUGCAUACUCUUUGAAGGGCCCCCACAGCUUCAUCCAUAUGGAUCCUGAGGUGGAAUGGGCCCAGCAGCAGGUAGUGAAACCAAGAGUAAAGAGGCAAGCCCAAAGUGACCCGAGCUUCAUUCAUUUCAAUGACCCUAAAUGGUCCAACAUGUGGUACAUUCACUGCAAUGAUAAGAGCAGCCGCUGUCGCUCAGAGAUGAACAUUCUGGCAGCCUGGCAGAGAGGCUACACCGGCAAGAAUGUAGUGGUCACCAUAUUGGAUGAUGGCAUCGAGAUGAACCACCCUGAUCUGGCUCAGAACUACGACCAUCUAGCAAGUUAUGAUGUAAAUGGGAAUGACCAUGACCCAACACCACGUUAUGACUCCCGCAAUGAAAACAUACAUGGAACUCGGUGUGCAGGUGAAGUUGCAGCAGUGGCCAAUAACUCCCAUUGCAUCGUGGGGGUUGCCUACAACGCUCACAUUGGAGGGAUACGAAUGCUGGAUGGGGAUGUGACUGAUAUAGUAGAGGCCAAGUCCCUGGGAAUCCGGCCGGACUACAUCGACAUCUAUAGUGCCAGCUGGGGGCCAAAAGAUGAUGGCAAGACAGUGGAUGGCCCUGGGCCGCUAACUAAGCAGGCUUUUGAGCAAGGCAUCAAGAAGGGCCGCAAAGGCCUGGGGUCAAUUUUUGUCUGGGCAUCGGGUAACGGUGGUCGGCAGGGUGAUCACUGUUCAUGUGAUGGUUACACCAGCAAUAUCUACACCAUCUCCAUCUCCAGCACCACAGAGAAUGGAAACAAGCCCUGGUACCUAGAGGUCUGCAGCUCCAUCAUGGCCACAACCUACAGCAGUGGAGAGUUUAAUGAGAGGAAGAUUGUAACCACUGACCUCCGGCAGCACUGCACUGAUGGUCAUACUGGCACUUCUGUCUCUGCUCCCAUUGUGGCAGGAAUCAUAGCUCUCGUCCUGGAAGCCAACCUUUUGCUGACAUGGAGGGAUGUGCAACAUCUUCUGGUGAAAACAUCCAGACCAGUCCACCUGAAAGCUGACGACUGGAUGAUCAAUGCUGCCGGACAUACAGUCAGCCACCUGUAUGGUUUCGGCCUGGUGGAUGCAGAGGCCAUGGUGUUGGAGGCUAGGAAGUGGAUGACUGUUCCUCAUCAGCACACCUGUAGUCAGAUUCCUGAGCGUCGUACCAGGUACAUCCAUGCUGGCCAAAGUCUGAACAGCAGCAUUACCACCACUGGGUGUUCAGAAGACCCUGAGCAGCACGUGGAUUACCUGGAGCAUGUGGUGGUCAAGGUUCUGGUUGUCCACCCGCGACGAGGAGACCUGGAGAUCAACCUCAUCUCUCCGUCUGGGACGAGAUCACAACUACUGGCCAAGAGGUUGUUUGACAGUUCCAAUGAGGGUUUCAGGAACUGGGAGUUCAUGACAGUUCAUUUCUGGGGCGAGAGAGCAGAGGGUACAUGGACUCUGGAGAUAAUUGACUCACCGUCAAAACUACGCAAUGCUGAAGUGCUGGGCAACCUAAAAGAAUGGACACUGAUCCUUUAUGGCACAUCUCAGAACCCUUACCAGCCUGGCAGUGCUCAGCACUCCCAUUCAAGGAUGCUGGAGAUCCCAGCCCCAGAGGAAAUCCUGGAUGGGCCAGAACUGGAUGAGGAAGAUGAGUACAAUGGACCAUGCCACAGUGAGUGUGGAAACCAGGCCUGCGAUGGACCAAAAGCUGACCACUGCCUCAACUGUGUCCACUUCAGCUUUGGCAGCUUGAAAAGUGGAAGAACUUGUGUGAGCCACUGUCCGCUGGGAUACUACGAGGACAUAGUGUCUCGUCGCUGUAGACGCUGUUAUAAAGGUUGUGAGAGAUGUGCUGCCCGAUCAGCUGGCGAUUGUCUCUCCUGUCGAAGAGGCUUUUACCUCAACAUACUCAACUCCAGCUGCACUGAUACCUGCCCCCCAGGGUACUUUGCUGAUGAGAAUCAGAGACAGUGUCUGAAGUGCCUUGACCCUUGUAUGAGAUGCCUGAGGUAUGCAGACAGAUGCACUGCCUGCAGAGAAGGGUACAGUCUGGCGGGGAUGACUUGUGUUCCUGAAUGCACCAAUGGAACCUUUUUCCAUCUGGAAGAGAUGACAUGCAGCCCGUGCCAUUCCUCUUGUAGGACUUGUACAGGGCCAGGUAAGGAGGAGUGUAUCCAGUGUGCUGAGGACUACCUGCAGCAGGAGUGGAGGUGUGUGCAGACCUGCAUUCCUGGCUACUACUCUGGAGAGGCAGCAGGAGUCCCUCAUAAGAUGUGUCACAGGUGUGAGGAAAACUGUCUGAGCUGCAGUGGCCCCGGAACCACUUGCACCAAAUGCAAAGAGGGUUACAGUCUGGUCAGCAGGACUUGUAUUGUGAAUGCAUUCUGUAAUAAUGCUGAUGAAGUGUUCUGUGAGAUGGUCAAGUCCAACCGUCUCUGUGAGAAGAAGCUUUACCGACAGUUCUGCUGCCGUACCUGUCUGAUGAACGGAUGAGGAGUCUACCACACACCAACACUUGCUUCUUUUUUACUCUCAUCAGUGUUAAAAAGAGAACUGAACUGGAUCAUUCAGUCAAAAACGAAGGUUUUGUUAUGGAGGUAAAAUUGCUAUUAAUUUGUGCUAUUCAUCUUAACAGUAUAUUUAAAGAUCCCCUCCAGACAUGUAUUCAGACAUUUAUAAAUAAUAAUAAUAAAGUUUAAUUUCUACAUUAAAAACCUUAAAAAGUCA